AAUGAUCGGUUUGCAGCGAUAUAAUUGCAAUAAGUCAGCCGCUAAAUGCAUGAUACGAUAGUGAGAGAACUGUAGGCUAAGUAGUAUAGUGUGUGACAGUGUAUAUGCAAUCUAAGUGUUGUGAUGGUGGCGGUGGCCCAGCAAGCACAGGCAAGAGCAGCGGCAACAAGGGCGGCGUUUUCUCCAUCUGAGAGGAGUUAUGAGGCGUGCAUGAGGCCAUGACUAGUGGCACUCAUCAUGGCCGGCCGGUACAUCACUCUCUUGGCAUGUUGGGCGGCGGUCAUUACAGGUGCGGUGGGAGAGGCAGCAGGAGGCACUACACACACGCUGUGCGCCUACCACAUCUCUACCACAGCCACGGACUCGGAGAAGAGCAGCGAUGUGACCAUUGUGGAUGGCAGGUCCGUCAUCAGGUGUCUCGAGACGACCAACUGUUUCUCCUACUGGAAAUAUGAGGUGGAGGACAACAUCACGACGAUCAAGUGGCUCGCCGGAGGUUGCUGGGGAGCUGCCAAGAUAUGUAAUCAAAGCUCAUGUGUGGCAAACAGUAACCGAAACCACAGUUACUUCUGCUGUUGUACCGGUGGAAUGUGUAAUGAAGAUGUGUCGGUGCCUGAAGUUGAGGAGAAAUCUAGUGCCCUAGUUCCAGAGAAUCCAGAGCCACCAACGGAAGAUUCAGAUCCAUAUAUGUUGAUUAAGAUUCUUGUUGGAGGAGGAUUCUUUGUGGUGGCUGUAUUGUGUAUAGUAUCUGCUACUUUAGGAUGGAAAAAAUCCAGACCACCAACAAAUCCUGUUCCCAUAGAGGAACCUCCUCCUUCUCCCUGCAUUGAUCUAGAUUCUAUCAAGAUCUUGGAGAGUAUUGGCCAUGGACGAUAUGGAACAGCCUAUAGAGCCAUUGUUCAGGGAGAGGAGGUGGCUGUCAAGAUGUUUCCUCAGCAUCAUAAAUCAUCUUACAUGAAUGAAAAAUACAUUUAUUCUCUGCCUUUAAUGGAACAUUCCAACCUUUUAAGAUAUCUUGGUAGUGGGGAACGUGUGGAGCAAGAUGGCAGUCCUUACUAUUGUCUUGUGCUUUCGUAUUGCCCAAUGGGUCGCCUGAGCACUUACCUUUCAGAAAAUACUAUUAGUUGGCCACAGUUUUGUCAUAUUGUCCUGAGUGCAACUCGGGGUUUGGCCCAUCUACAUUCAGACAUCAGAAAAGGAGAUAUUGUAAAACCCUGCAUCAGCCACAGAGACUUCAACACUCGUAACUUACUCCUCAAAGAUAACAUGACCUGUUGCGUGUCUGAUUUAGGCUUUGCUAUCCAUACACAAGGAGCCAAGUACUUUAUCAAUGGGGAGGAGCAGCAUGCAGAAACAUCAUCACUGUCAGAUGUUGGUACUCUAAGAUACAUGGCUCCAGAGGUCCUUGAAGGUGCAGUAAAUCUCCGAGACUGUGAGGCUGCACUGAAACAAAUUGAUAUCUAUGCCCUUGGUUUGGUGCUCUGGGAAUGUGCAGCACGAUGCCAUGAUUUGUAUCAGGGUCUGCAAACUCCAUCAUAUAUGUUACCUUUCCAGGAGGAAAUUGGUCUCCAUCCAACAUUUGAACGGGUGCAGGUCCUCGUGGCACGCAGGAAAGCACGUCCACUAUUUCCUCCAGUGUGGAAAGACACUAAUCCAGCCAUCCGCUUGCUGAAGGAAACAAUAGAGGACUGUUGGGACCAUGAUGCUGAAGCAAGGCUUUCAGCAAUGUGUGUUGAGGGACGACUUGGAGAAUUACCUGUGCUAUGGGAUAGAUACAAAUCAAGUUUAGGGGUGAAUGGUGUUAGUCCAACCAUAAAUCCAAUGUCCAAUUUAGUCAGUCAACGUCAAGGAGAAAUGUUUAGUGGGUUGGCUGGCAAUGGCGGCAAGGUCAUCAGCAAUGCUCUCACCCCACGUGAGAAAGAGUCAAGUGUCUCUGAAACUACUGUAGAGACAACCCUCACUGCAUCACCCUCAGAACCUCCUGCUGAACCUUGUCUUGGGAAAAAUCAGUUGGUUGGCACACUGCAGCCUCCAAUGCCACCAUUACAGCCCCACCAGGGAAGGAACCCUUGCAUGGAACGCAAUCUUAUAAGAGAAGUUCCCCAGGAACUCAGUGUUUCAGGCAACACACUUAUUGAUCAUUUAAAAUCAAAUGAUAUUAACUCUAUCAAUACAAUUAAUUCUGUGAAUUUAUUAGAUGCUUUAGAUGUUCAACAUGCUUUAGAAUCCCAUGAGCAAUUAAUGCCACUCCUAAAUGGACAUCCCAACACAGCCACUGUUGUACCACAGCCAAGGCCAACCUUCCCCCCACCAACCUUAGUACCACGGAUACCACACUUACAGAAUGAAGUUCGUUCCAUUGACAACCAGCCAAAAAGACAGAAUACAGCUGUUCGAGAGGAAGAGAAUCACAUAAAUACACAGAGCAGUGGAAAGGGAAGUUCAUGGAGACGGUGGCGCACCACUUGGGAAGAUCGCCUUAAGUCUCUCAUUCCUCGCCGUCGUCACCACAACAGUGAAGAUGAGGAGAGACAAGAGAUUUUAAUCACACCCACAAGUAGUAGUCUGUCAGAACCACCAACUCCGGUUACUGCAACGCAGUCCAUAGCAGUCAAUGCAGCACACAUGCCAAUGCAGACAGAGGUGCUACUUACCAAUGGUGGACCCCAUACUGUGAUCUCUCCCAAUCAUACAUUAAACACACAACAGUCAUCAUUGCCCAAUUAUAUUGCAGAGACAGAAAUUGGCAUAGCAAAAUUGCAUUUACAGAAUGGAUUUGCACCUAUAAUAAGAUCAAGGCAAGGAUCAAAUGAUAGUGGAUUAAAUAAAUCUAGUGAGAACAGUGUUAGCUUUGUAGAUAGUGAUAAUUCUUGUGAAAAACUAAAGAGACCAACAACACUGUCUCUUCCAGAGAGGCCAAAUCAGAGCCUUUUGAAUAAAACCCUAAAACAUAAGGUAAAUCAGGAACCAGAUCCAAAGACACAAAACACAACAGCAAGUGAAAAUGCUCCAGCAGCAGAUGAUGAAGAAUCUCCACCCUUACGGAAAGCAAAGCAUAGAGUGAAGACACCUAGACGACCAAUGAACCCACGCCUUUCACUGUAUGAUGAUCGCAUUAUGGGAUGCACUGAGAAAGAUGGGAGUAUGAAGUGUGAGGGUCAUUUAGAUGAAAGUUUGUCACACUCGCUGCCCAUUCACAUGGAUACAAUUGAGCAGCAGCAACCAUUUCUGAAGCACACUGAUUUGACAUCUACAAUGCCAUCCCGCACGAAGAGCACAGCUACCCCUAGGCAUUCCAAGUUGACAAGUGUUGCUAACCACAGCAGGUCAAGCAGUCGGGGCAGCAGUCAAGGAUCCCUUGGGCAGGAGCCUACUCACCCUCCUCCUCCUCAUCACAAGACUCAAGCAGCUGAUACCCAGUGAGCUGCACACAGUGGCAGUUGUUGUAGUAUGAUAUAACCCUCAAAGGGAAUCAUCCAGUGUAUAGCUUUGUUAUGUUGAAAUGUUAUAUCUUCUGAUGUAAAUCAGAAACAGUGAUAUAUAUAUCUCACAGGACUUAGCCCAGGUGAGUGUGUGUGAUGUUAAAGAAUAUUCCAGAUUUUCAUGGAUAAUGAAUUAUGCUGCCAGUAGUGUGGAAGAGAAAUAUUUUAUGGUUAGACUUACAGAACUGCAUGUUGAUAACAUUUAAUUUCAAGCUUUAUGAUUUAUAAAUUGUUUAUAAUUUUUGAUUAUGUAGUAGAUGUAUAAACAAUUAUAGCCCACAGAUUCUGCAGGCAGGUGUAGCUUCCCUUCUCAUUAUGAUUAUAUAGAAAAAUGCUUAUUGUCUUUCCUUAACUUAAGAAACAGCCAUUGUGCUUUCAGUGUGAAUAUAUAAAUAUUUUUAUCGAAAACCUUAAUAAUCCAUGAAGAAAAAAAAUUAAAUUGUCCUAUCAUUUAAGGUAGCUUAUUCUAGUCUUCAUUAAAUUGACUGGUCAAUGUUUAUUUAAGGUUUAGAAAUGUCUUGCCUUAUUACAAAGACUUAAUUUAAUUCAUGGAACUAAAUCCUGUAAUGCUACAGUUUUAUAGUUUUCUUUGUCCAAGAAUUGACAAGCAAAUCACAGUUCUUUAUUAUUCACUGUAAACUGUGUUCUUUGGAAUGCUCUUAAUGUAAAGUUGUUGAUAGUGCCUGAUAAGAAAUAUUGAUAAAUGUUAUGAAAAUGAAUUUUUGUUUCCUAGUGUAUUAUGUAUUUAGGAAUGGCAAAAUAGGGCACGACUCAAUGUAUAUCACUGGGAUGGUUUUAUGGCUUCAGUAAUUAAUUUCAUAAUUUUUAUUUACCAAUAGAAAUUACUGAGCUUCCUAUGCUUUUUAAAGCUGCUUAGUCACUAUGUAUUUAUUUUAAGGCAGAUCCCAUAUUUAUGGAAAGGAUGGGGAAAAGAAAAUGGAUUGUAACUGAUCAUGAUAUUUAAGUAUUUUUGAAAUAUUUGCAAGACAAUAUAUGUUCAAGUUUUUAGUUUUGCAUAAAAGGAUGAAAAAUAUGUAUAACAUAGCACUGUUAUCAAACAUCCCUGCUCUUACAUCAGUUUGAACAGGAAAUAUACAAAAUAUGAUGUGUAAUACACACCAUAUGUGUUUUGAAUCUUUCUCAGCAUAGUAUUAAUUAAAAUCAGUUUCUGUUGUAAGGUUAUCUGUCAGAAUACUUAUUUUAUAAAGUGUACAUUACUGUGUGAUGAUUUAUCUAGCAAAUAAUUACAGUGGUAAAGGUGUACAAGCAGAUAGUCUGUAGCAAGACAAAAUGAAUGAUGGGCAAGCUGAGUUUAGUUGGUAGUUCAAUCAUGCUAUAUCAUUGUAUAAUUCAUGUAAAUUGCUUUUACUAUUUCUCAGAACUGAAGUACAAUAAUAAAGGAAAAAAACUUAUA